CACGCACAGGCACCUGGUGCCGCCUGCCCUCCGAAGCUCUUGCCUCUUUCUCUGGGAGGACAAGCUGCUGGCCCCAGACCAGGAUGGACGGCAGACAGCAAUGUCCCUGCUGGGCCUGGUCCCUGCUGGUUCUGGUGGUUGUGGCUAGGGACGCAAAAUCAAGUGGGGCCACGGACAACAGCCCGACAUCCAAUAGCCUGGAGGGGGACGCCGACGCCACAGCCUUCUGGUGGGGGGAGUGGACAAAGUGGACGGCGUGCUCCCGCAGCUGCGGGGGCGGGGUGACAUCCCAGGAGCGGCACUGCCUGCAGCAGAGGAGGAAGUCCAUCCCGGGCCCUGGGAACAGGACCUGCAUGGGCACGUCCAAGCGGUACCAGCUCUGCAGAGUGCAGGAGUGUCCGCCGGACGGGAGGAGCUUCCGCGAGGAGCAGUGCGUCUCCUUCAACUCCCACGUGUACAACGGGCGGACGCACCAGUGGAAGCCUCUGUACCCGGAUGACUAUGUCCACAUCUCCAGCAAGCCAUGUGACCUGCACUGCACCACCGUGGACGGCCAGCGGCAGCUCAUGGUCCCCGCCCGCGACGGCACCUCCUGCAAGCUCAGCGACCUGCGAGGGGUUUGCGUGUCUGGAAAAUGUGAGCCCAUCGGCUGUGACGGGGUGCUUUUCUCCACCCACACGCUGGACAAGUGUGGGGUCUGCCAGGGUGAUGGUAGCAGCUGCACCCACGUGACGGGCAACUAUCGCAAGGGCAACGCCCACCUCGGUUACUCUCUGGUGACCCACAUCCCAGCUGGCGCCCGAGACAUCCAGAUUGUAGAGAGGAAGAAGUCUGCGGAUGUGCUAGCUCUUGCAGACGAAGCUGGCUAUUACUUCUUCAACGGCAACUACAAGGUGGACAGCCCUAAGAACUUCAACAUCGCUGGCACGGUGGUCAAGUACCGGCGGCCCAUGGAUGUCUACGAGACCGGGAUUGAGUACAUCGUGGCACAGGGGCCCACCAACCAGGGCCUGAAUGUCAUGGUGUGGAACCAGAACGGCAAGAGCCCGUCCAUCACCUUUGAGUACACGCUGCUUCAGCCUCCGCACGAGCACCGCCUGCAGCCUGUCUACUAUGGCUUCUCCGAGCCCGCCUCCGAGAGCUCUGAGAGCCAGGGCCUGGACGGGGCCAGGCUCAUGGGCUUCGUCCCGCACAACAGCUCCCUGUAUGGCCUGGCCUCCUCCGAGCAGCUGGGCCUGGACAACCGGCUGUUCGGCCACCCUGGCCUGGAGAUGGAGCUGGGCCCGAGUCGGGGCCAGGAGACCAACGAGGUGUGCCAACAGGCCGGCGGCAGGGCCUGCGAGGGGCCCCCCAGGGGCAAGGGCUUCCGAGACCGCAACGCCACGGGGACGACUCUCACCGGGGACAAGGAAGAGCAAGAGGUCGACACCCACUUCGUCUCCCAGAAGUUCUUCUCGGCGAACGCCAUCUCUGACCAGCUGCUGGGCGCAAGCGCUGACUCGAAGGACUUCACCCUCAACGACACCGUGAACAGCAUCUUUGCUCAGGGCACCUCGCGGAGCUCCCUGGCCAAGAGCUUCUUCGUGGAUUAUGAGGAGAAUGAGGGGGCUGGCACUUACCUGCUCAACGGGUCCUACCUGGAGCUGAGCAGCGACAGGAUUGCUAACGGCUCUUCCGAGGCCCCGUUCCCCAACGUCAGCAGCAGCUUGCCCACCUGGGCAGGGAACAGGACUCACAAGGCCAGGACCAGGCCCAAGACGCGCAAGCAAGGCGUGAGUCCUGCAGACAUGUACCGGUGGAAGCUCUCGUCCCAUGAACCCUGCAGUGCCACCUGCACCACAGGGGUCAUGUCCACGUACGCCAUGUGUGUCCGCUACGAUGGCGUCGAGGUGGACGACAGCUACUGCGACGCUCUCACCCGUCCUGAGCCCGUCCACGAGUUCUGCGCUGGGAGGGAGUGCCAGCCCAGGUGGGAGACGAGCAGCUGGAGUGAGUGUUCCCGCACGUGUGGAGAGGGCUACCAGUUCCGCGUCGUGCGCUGCUGGAAGAUGCUCUCGCCCGGCUUCGACAGCUCCGUGUACAGCGACCUGUGCGAGGCAGCCGAGGCCGUGCGGCCCGAGGAACGCAAGACCUGCCGGAACCCCGCCUGCGGGCCCCAGUGGGAGAUGUCAGAGUGGUCGGAGUGCACUGCCAAGUGUGGGGAGCGCAGUGUGGUGACCAGGGACAUCCGCUGCUCGGAGGAUGAGAAGCUGUGUGACCCCAACACCAGGCCUGUUGGGGAGAAGAACUGCACGGGCCCCCCCUGUGAUCGGCAGUGGACCGUCUCCGACUGGGGACCGUGCAGUGGAAGCUGUGGGCAAGGCCGCACCAUCAGGCACGUGUACUGCAAGACCAGUGAUGGACGGGUGGUGCCCGAGUCCCAGUGCCAGAUGGAGACCAAGCCUCUGGCCAUCCACCCCUGUGGGGACAAAAACUGUCCUGCCCACUGGCUGGCCCAGGACUGGGAGCGGUGCAACACCACCUGCGGGCGCGGAGUCAAGAAGCGGCUGGUGCUCUGCAUGGAGCUGGCCAACGGGAAGCCGCAGACACGCAGCAGCCCCGAGUGCGGGCUCGCCAAGAAGCCUCCGGAGGAGAGCACGUGCUUCGAAAGGCCCUGCUUCAAGUGGUACACCAGCCCGUGGUCCGAGUGCACCAAGACCUGCGGGGUGGGCGUGAGGAUGCGAGACGUCAAGUGCUACCAGGGGACUGACAUCGUCCGCGGCUGCGACCCGCUGGUGAAGCCCGUUGGCAGACAGGCCUGUGAUCUGCAGCCCUGCCCCACGGAGCCCCCAGAUGACAGCUGUCAGGACCAGCCGGGCACCAACUGUGCCCUGGCCAUCAAGGUGAACCUCUGUGGGCACUGGUACUACAGCAAGGCGUGCUGCCGCUCCUGCAGGCCCCCCUACUCCUAGGUGCGGCAGCUGCAGCCCCUUCCAGACAAAGACCAAGCUGCUGCAGCUUCUGGGGUCCUCCACAGACACCCCUCCUGCAGGGCACGCCAGCCUGAGGGACGUGGCACUGAGCCUCGGCUGUCAAGAGGGGACUUCCCAUGGCCAAUGGACUUUUGUGCUCCUGGGGCAGAGAAAUGGGCAGUGUCCUCCAGCACCCACUGGCCUCCCCCAAAACAGAGCCACCCCUACCGUGGGAGCCCAUCCGUGUUCCUGCGUGGAUCCUGUGUUCGUGGCCCCCCUCCCCAGCCCCCAGCAGCCCCCAGCUGAGGGGUCCAGGGCCCACAGCCAAGUGGUGGAUGUGUCUUACCCCUGGCCUGAAGCCCAUGCCCUCUCUGGGUGACAGGGCCUUCUGAAGAAGACUGGCAGGCAAGCCCAACGUGGGGGGCCUCCAUCCCUUGGAGGCCAGGGGGUGAGGAGGGGCGCAGGCAGCAAGGAGGCCCAGGUGUAUCCCCUCCUAUGGAGCCCCUCCCAUGGAGCUCUCCUCCUGCUGCACUUUCUACCCUGGGCAGAGGCGCUUGCCCAUGGGGCGUUUGGGAUGGACCUCGGGCCCCGCCCCUGCAGUCGGGUCAGUGCUCAUCUAUGUUAAUAAAGUGGUCCUAUUUAUGGCGGCAUC